GAUAGGCGACACAUGGCACCACUGACGUACUCCAGGGCGGGUGCCCGGCAGCCCGCCGCCAAGGUCCCUCACUCAGGCUCAUUGACUCGCAGCUCUUCACGCGGGAACAUCCGGGCUCCUUCCUCCCUCUCUCACUCUCUGCCCACUCACAAACAAUCACGAUGGACCUUAAGAGUUUUGGGAAUAAAAAUGCGUUGGUGAAAUACACAGUGGACCAUUCCCUCAGACUGACGGACGCCCAGAAGGCGCUGAACGCGGCCACCCUCAAGCUGCCGCGGCACGCGAUGCUCGGGGCGCCGGAAGCCCUGCAGCUCAACGCCAACCUGAUACGGGCCAUCGGCGGGAAGAAGGUGCUGGAUGUCGGGGUGUACACUGGCGCUAGUACACUGUCGGCGGCCCUGGCGCUGCCCCCCGACGGUGAGGUGCACGCCAUGGACAUCGACGAAGAGAAUAUGAAAGUUGGCAAGCCCUUCUGGGAGCAGGACGGCGUGGCGCACAAGAUCCACGUCCACAUCGGGGCUGCCUCCGCCACCCUGCAGCGGUUCAUCGACGAGGGCCAGGCCGGCACCUUCGACUUCACCUUCAUCGACGCGGACAAGGUGAACUACACCCAAUAUUUAGAGCAGUGCCUGGUGCUCGUGCGAGGCGGCGGCAUCAUCGCCUUCGACAACACUCUUUGGAAGUGCGCAGUGCUUGACCCCAGCGACCAGAAGCCCGAUACGGUGGCCCUGAGGAAGCUGAACGAGAAGCUGAAAGAUGAUCCGCGCAUCGAUCUGUCUUUCUUCAAUGUCGACGACGGUUUGUCUCUCUGUUUCGUCAAGUAGUGAUUUGGAAUGUUGAUACACGUUUUAUUCCAUCCUAUCUUUGGGCCAGGUCGACAGUCCAACACAGAGUCAUUGUAAGCGCCGAAACCAAACUUUAUUCUCCACAAUGAUCCGUUAUUUCUACUCAAUACCAGAUACUAAAGAGAUUUCCUGUGUGGUUUUCUAUAGUUUCCUUCUUUUUAUAUCAAUGCCAAACACUAUACAAGGAAUUUUCAUGGUAUUUUGUGUUUGGUUGGGACGCUUACAAACUUGCUGUAAUGGACUGUAAAACUGGUCCUUUGUUUAUUCAAGAGAUCAUGAGGGCGCUGUAAACACAAAUAGCUGAACACGAUGGUAUGGUCAGAGAGAGGAGUGGGAGAUGAAGGAAUUUAAGUCACAUUAGUAUAUACCAAGUUGUAUGAGCGACACACACACACACACACACACACACACACACACACACACACACACACACACACACACAUACACAUACAACACACACAACAAACAAACAAACAAACACACACACACACACACACACACACACACACACACACACACACACACACACACACACACACACACACACA